AAGUUUGAUUAAGUAGGCGAUUGAAUACAACCUUAACUUUGUAGUCUUUUUAAAUCUAAAGUGAGAUCCUUAAUUUUUUAUACUAUUUCAACUAGUUCUUACAUUGUUUGGUUAGAGCAGGCAACACGUUUUAAGUAGCGCCAUUGUUUUGGACACGCGUAACCACUUCAACAGAUUUUCACGCUGUUUUACAUGAUAUUAUAAUUCCAGUGAGCGUUUUUAGUGACAAGCGUUGUGGUAUUUGCUAUCUCCAAACUCGGAAGAGGGAAUUAAACUUUAUAAUCAACUUGAGGCCUUCUCGCUUGAAUAAAAUUUUUCGGUGAACGCGCUGCCUCAACUAGCCCUUCAUCAUCGAACGAGAUGAGGUCAACCAAUGUCACAUACCAGCCAUCCAGGGUCUCCAGAGAACAGAGGGGUCAGAUUAUGGGACCAGGAGAAAGAAAUGGAUUUCAUGGUUGCACUAUCUGGUUCACAGGUCUAUCCGGAGCUGGUAAAUCAACUCUGGCGUUCAACCUGGAAGACUACCUCUGCAGCAAGAGUGUGCCCGCCUACACCCUCGAUGGAGACAACAUCAGACACGGGCUGAACAAAAACCUAGGCUUCAGCGAGACAGACAGAGAGGAGAACAUCAGGAGAAUAGGGGAGGUGGCCAAAUUGUUCGCAGAUGGAGGCAUAGUGGCACUCACUGCUUUCAUCUCACCAUUCAGAAAGGACAGAGAACAGGCACGUGAGAUCCACGAGAAGGCCAAUCUGAAGUUCUUCGAGAUCUUCGUCGAUGCUCCUCUGGAAGUUUGUGAGACGAGGGACGUCAAGGGACUCUACAAGAAGGCCAGGGCCGGUCUAAUCAAAGGGUUCACUGGAAUCGACCAGCACUACGAGGCGCCUGUGAACCCAGAUCUAACUCUGAAGACGGGCCAGAUGUCACUAUCAGACUGUGUGCAGGCCAUCAUCCAGCUACUGCAGGAACACGGAAUAGUACCAGAAAGUGCCAAAGAUGUGGUCAAAACACUACAGGUCAGCCCAGAGGAAAUACCCGCUCUGACUGAAGAGGCCAAAUCGCUACCAACAGUCGACAUCACCACUCUGGAUCUCCAAUGGGUGCAAGUUUUGGGAGAGGGUUGGGCCACACCUCUGUAUGGCUUCAUGAGAGAGAGGGAGUACCUGCAGUCGCUCCAUUUCGGAUGUCUAGUUGAUGACUGUGUCGGAGAUAAUUUCAGAAGCGGCGUGAUCAACCAGUCUGUUCCGAUUGUGUUGCCUGUGAGUAAUGAGGACAAAGAUAGGUUGUCGGAGGCAGAGGCACUGGCACUGAGACACAAAGGAGAAGUGGUGGCUAUCAUGCGAAAGGUGGAGUUUUUCGAGCACCGUAAGGAGGAGAGAGUGUCGAGGCAGUUCGGACUCAGCCAUCCAGACCACCCCUACAUCAAAAUGAUCAACGAGUCAGGCGAGUGGUUGUGUGGUGGCGAUCUUCAAGUAUUGAAGAGAAUCACGUGGAACGAUGGCUUGGACCAAUACAGGCUUACUCCCAAUGAACUCAGAGAAAGGUUCCGUGAGUUGGGAGCGGAUGCUGUGUUUGCGUUCCAACUAAGGAACCCGAUCCACAAUGGACACGCACUCCUCAUGCAGGACACCAGACGGCGACUCCUCGAGAGGGGCUACAAGAACCCCACUCUCCUCCUCCAUCCACUAGGCGGCUGGACGAAGGAUGAUGACGUGCCACUUCCAGUGAGGAUGGAACAGCACAAAGCAGUGUUGUCAGAGGGAGUAUUGGAUCCUCAAUCCACAGUCAUGGCUAUUUUCCCCUCUCCCAUGAUGUACGCAGGACCCACAGAGGUGCAAUGGCAUUGCAAAACGAGAAUGAUUGCGGGCGCCAAUUUCUACAUCGUCGGCAGAGAUCCCGCAGGCAUGGCACAUCCUGUCACCAAGCAGGAUAUAUAUGAGGCCACGCACGGAAAGAAGGUACUCUCAAUGGCCCCUGGCCUGAACUCUUUGGAGAUUGUGCCGUUCAGAGUGGCAGCAUACGACACGAAACAGCACAAGAUGGACUUCUUCGACCCCGAGAGGAAGGAGGACUUCCUCUUCAUUUCAGGCACGAAAAUGAGGGGCAUCGCCAAGUCUGGAGAACUUCCACCUGAUGGAUUCAUGGCAAAUUCUGCUUGGAAAGUAUUAGCCGAGUUCUACCAGAAGAAAAUGGCAGAAGGAGCUGCCGCCGCUGAAGUAUCUGGCGCAAGUGGGGAUUCACCAGCACCCCUAUAGAAGCUCAUGGAGUAAAUGGAAAAUUCAAGCAACGGUCAAAAAAGAAAUUGUACUUUGUUGUCAAAAAAUUGUUCAAAAGGAGGUAAAAUAAAUGAUUUUAUUCACAGCACACACGGAGUAGUUAUGACUCAUCACGAAGAACUUGGAAAAAAAAUAAGAUUCAUUUGGUGCUCGUGGUAAUUUUGGUCCUUCCUUUUCAAGUAUGCUUUCAAUUCUCAUGAGUAAAAAGUAAAAAUGAGUAUUUUCUUUUGCUUGACUUCUCCGUUUUCUCUGUGCACUGUAAUGUAGCCUCUCAUUUGGCUUCUAACUUUCGUGUUUCGUAUGAACAAAGUCGCAUUUGGUUUCAAUAUGUUGAUGGUUUCAAGUUACUUUUGGUCUAGUUCUAUGGGGCUUUUGUUUAUCAGUAUAUUGAUAGUUUUUCUGGUUAGCAGCUACUGUCACAUUUCAACACGUUAACACAUAUUUAAAAGUAUUAAAACUUUGUUAUUUCCUUCGCUAAAAUUGAAAAAAAAAGUUGAGUGUUCAAAUAUAAGUUUUUGUAAAAUAAAAACGUGUUGAAUACUUUCUCCAUUUCAGAUUCCAUUGUAGCCAAAUGAGCACAAACAUUGUGUGAAACAGUUCUUGUAACAUUCGCUGAGUUUAAGUUGGAUUUUAAUAUCAUAAAUUGCAUAUUCCUAUUGAAUUUCCUAAAUUUCUUAUUUGUAAUCUAAUAAAUGAAAUACAAAUUGGUUUAUAUGUACUCUGAACAAGUUCAACUCAGUUCUUCCACAAAA